CACACACACAAAUAAUAUACUUUUUGGGGGAAAAAAAUGCUAUUUACUCUAUUUUCACCCUUAUUUAUUCCCCUCAUCUUUUUAACUAAAUUACUGUUUUACCCGGUUUUAGUUAAAAAAAUUCAAAAUUCAAUUUCCGGACGUGAAAUUCCUUAUUAACCAAAAUUUUAUAAUUAGGGGUAAUCAAAUUUACCUACUAAUUAAUAAUAAUUUAAACCUUAAUAAAAAAUUCAUUUUUUUUCGUAUUUUCACUUUUUCUUUUUCCCUUUGUUCAGACCAGGAAUUCAGAAAACAGUUUCUUUAUUUUUUCUGUUUGGUUGGCUAGAAAAAGAUUUUGAAGGUACUUUGCUCCUGGAGAAAUGUUAACAUGUGUGAGAGGAACGGUGUCAGUGAAGAAAUUUCUGGGCUGUAUUUAUAAGUUACAGGUGAUUUGGCCUUGAAUCUGCAAGUUUUGAUAUAGUUGUAGUGAAUUUCUAUUUGCGAUAUAUGCAUGGAAACAAAUUCAGGUGUUAAAGUGAUAGGAGCUGAAGCUCCAUCAACUUAUCAUAUGGCACCGAGGACUGAAAAUGCUAACCAGAUCAGCAGUGGUUUAACACCAGUCGAUGGUUUAACACCAGUCGAUGUUCCAGCAGUUAGUGUAGGAUUAACCGGUAGUACAGAAAAGAAGAAGAGAGGUAGACCUAGAAAAUAUGGACCAGAUGGGAAAAUGGCAAGGGCAUUGUCACCAAUGCCUAUUUCCUCAUCUGUCCCACCCGGUACAGCUGAGUUUCUGAGUGGAGGAAAGCCAGGGAGAGGGCGAGGCAGUGCUUACCAGAUUAAGCAUCAUAAAGGAAUGGAAAUAGAUAAUUUAGGUGAGUCGCCCGGUACUUCUGUCGGAACAAAUUUUAUGCCGCAUGUCAUCACUGUCAAUCCCGGCGAGGAUGUAACAAUGAAGGUGAUAUCGUUUUGUCAACAAGGACCACGAGCCAUUUGCAUCCUAUCCGCUAACGGAGUGAUUUCAAAUGUUACACUUCGUCAGCCCGAUUCUUCCGGGGGUACGCUUACAUAUGAGGGUCGUUUUGAGAUACUGUCCUUGUCCGGUUCCUUUAUGCCUACUGAAACUCAAGGAGCUAGGAGUCGAUCUGGAGGGAUGAGCGUCUCAUUGGCAAGCCCUGAUGGACGCGUUGUAGGUGGAGGCGUAGCAGGCCUUCUCAUAGCUGCCAGUCCUGUACAGGUUGUCGUAGGAAGUUUUGUACCAGGCAACCAGCACGACCAAAAGUCCAAGAAGCAGAAAAACGAGUCCAUGCCAGCAACUCUUGCACCAAACCCGGCCACAGUCGAUUUACCUGCAUCGAAUGCAGAAAAAGAGGAUGGCAUCGGUGUGCAACAUUCACAACAAAAUUCCAAUACCCUGAAACAAAACUUUGCUACUACUGCUAGUUUCAGAACAGAAAAUUGGGCCAACAUACAGGAGCCAAGAAAUUCAGCCACUGAUAUCAACAUUUCCUUGCCUGCAGUUUAAUUUAAUAACGUAGCAAAUCAUUCAUGUCUUAAUGUAGGAUAAAGUAAUUUCCUGACAUUCACCUAGGUUUUAAUUUUUCAGACAUGACAUAGACAAUAUAUAUUUUUUAUUCUGAAGUUUUUAAUUUAAUUUAAAAUGUGUGAUUUAUAA